AGCCCGCGGCCGCUCGCUGCGCCGGUCGGGUUGGGAUGGGGGCCCGCAGACAGCGCCCGGAGCCCGAGAGCCCACCUGCGUGCUAGGAGCAAACUUUUGUCUUCCUCGGGUCGUCCCUCAGGACUAUGCGAGGCUAGAAUGGAGAUGUCCGCCCCAGCCCCCGCCACGGAGAAGAAAGAAGCCAAGGGCGGGAUCCUGGAGGCUGCCGCCUUCCCCGACCCGGGCAGGAAGGCCUCGGCCCUCGCGGUAGCCACGGCAGCAGCGGCAGCAGCAGCCGUGGCGGCCCAAGGAGUGCCGCAGCACCUUCUACCGCCCUUCCACGCGCCCUUGCCAAUUGACAUGCGACAUCAGGAGGGAAGGUACCAUUACGAGCCCCACUCGGUCCACGCCAUGCCCGGGCCUCCUGCCCUGAGCGGCAGCCCCGUCAUCUCCGACAUCUCAUUGAUCCGGCUUUCCCCACACCCUGCCGGCCCCGGGGAGUCCCCCUUCAGUGCCCACCACCCGUACGUGAGCCCCCACAUGGAGCAUUACCUCCGUGCCAUGCACAGCAGCCCCACGCUCCCCACCAUCUCGGCGGCCAGGGGGCUCAGCCCUGCUGAAGUGGCCCACGAGCAUCUGAAGGAGAGAGGGCUGUUCGGCCUCCCAGCUGCGGGCACCAACCCCUCGGACUAUUACCACCAGAUGACGCUCAUGGCCAGCCAUCCUGCGCCAUACGGGGACCUGCUGAUGCAGAGCGGCGGAGCUGCGGGCACCCCCCACCUCCACGACUACCUCAACCCAGUGGAUGUGUCCCGGUUCUCCAGCCCACGGGUGACACCACGCCUGAGUCGCAAGCGGGCUCUGUCCAUCUCUCCGCUCUCGGAUGCCAGCCUGGACCUGCAGCGCAUGAUCCGGACCUCGCCCAACUCACUGGUAGCCUAUAUCAACAACUCCCGCAGCAGCUCAGCGGCCAGCGGCUCCUAUGGACACCUGUCAGCAGGCGCCCUCAGUCCAGCCUUCACCUUCCCCCACCCCAUCAACCCAGUGGCCUACCAGCAGAUCCUGAGCCAGCAGAGAAGCCUGGGGUCCGCCUUUGGACACACCCCGCCGCUGAUCCAGCCCUCGCCCACGUUCCUGGCCCAGCAGCCCAUGGCCCUGGCCCCCAUCAACACCACGCCCACCCAACUCAGCAGCACCAACUGUCUGGGUGACGCCAGCCAGAGCAAGCAGAGCAGCGAGUCAGCGGUGAGCAGCACGGUCAACCCCAUCGUCAUACACAAGCGCAGUAAGGUCAAGACUGAAGUGGACAGCCUGCGGCCAACUUCCCCGCUGACUCUGACGCAGGAGCAGCUGGCUGACCUUAAGGAAGACCUGGACAGGGAUGACUGUAAGCAGGAGGCUGAGGUGGUCAUCUAUGAGACCAACUGCCACUGGGAGGACUGCACCAAGGAGUACGACACCCAGGAGCAGCUGGUGCACCAUAUCAACAACGAGCACAUCCACGGGGAGAAGAAGGAGUUCGUGUGCCGCUGGCAGGCCUGCACGCGGGAGCAGAAGCCCUUCAAGGCCCAGUACAUGCUGGUGGUGCACAUGCGCCGGCACACGGGCGAGAAGCCCCACAAGUGCACGUUUGAGGGCUGCUCGAAGGCCUACUCCCGCCUGGAGAACCUGAAGACACACCUGCGGUCCCACACUGGGGAAAAGCCAUACGUGUGCGAGCACGAGGGUUGCAACAAGGCCUUCUCCAACGCAUCGGACCGCGCCAAGCACCAGAACCGCACCCACUCCAACGAGAAACCCUACAUCUGCAAGAUCCCGGGCUGCACCAAGCGCUACACGGACCCCAGCUCUCUCCGGAAGCACGUGAAGACGGUCCACGGCCCGGACGCUCACGUCACCAAGAAGCAGCGCAAUGACGUCCACCUCCGCACGCCACUGCUUAAGGAGAACGGGGACAGCGAGGCGAGUGCCGAGCCGGGCGGCCGGGGCUCUGAGGAGAGCACUGAGGCCAGCAGCAGCGGCCAGGCCAUGGAGGACUGCCUACACGUGAAAGCCAUCAAGACCGAGAGCGCCGGGCUGUGUCAGUCCAGCCCCGGGGCGCAGUCAUCCUGCAGCAGUGAACCCUCUCCGCUGGGCGGUGCCCCCAACAACGACAGCGGCGUGGAGAUGCCGGGGACGGGGCCCGGGAGCCUGGGAGACCUGAGUGCUCUGGAUGACACCCCGCCAGGGACUGAUGCCGCCUCCGCCGUGGGCGGCCUGCAGCUGCGCAAACACAUGACGGCCAUGCACCGCUUCGAGCAGCUCAAGAAGGAGAAGCUCAAAUCGCUCAAGGAUUCCUGCUCAUGGACCGGGCCGGCCCCACACGCCCGGAGCACCAAGCUGCCGCCCCUCCCGGGCAGUGGCUCCGUCCUGGAUAACUUCGGCGGGGGCGGCGGGCCGGCGGGGCUGCUGCCCAGCGCGCGGCUGGCCGAGCUGUCGGCGGGCGAGGUGACCGUGCUGAGCCAGCUGCAGGAGCGCCGCGACAGCUCCACCAGCACCGUCAGCUCGGCCUACACGGUGAGCCGCCGCUCCUCGGGCAUCUCCCCGUACUGCUCCAGCAGCCGCCGUUCCAGCGAAGCGUCGCCGCUGGGCGCCGGGCGCGCGCACAACGCCAGCUCGGCCGACUCGUACGACCCCAUCUCCACCGACGCGUCGCGGCGCUCGAGCGAGGCCAGCCAGUGCAGCGGCUCGGGGCUGCUGCAUCUCACACCGGCGCAGCAGUACAGCCUGCGGGCCAAGUACGCGGCGGCCACGGGCGGCCCGCCGCCCACCCCGCUGCCCGGCCUGGAGCGCAUGAGCCUGCGGACGCGCCUGGCGCUGCUGGACGCGCCCGAGCGCGCGCUGCCCGCUGCCGCCGCUGCCUGCCCGCGCCCGCUGGGGCCACGACGGGGCAGCGACGGGCCGGCCUAUGGGCACGCGGGCCCGGCGCCCGCCUUUCCCCACCAGGUGCCCGGCGGCGGCGGUGCGCGCAGGGCCAGCGACCCGGUGCGGCGGCCCGAUGCCCUGGCACCCCCGCGCGUGCAGCGCUUCCACAGCGCCCACAACGUGAGCCCCUCGGCCGUCGCCGCCGCCGCCUCCUCUUCCUCCUCCUCCUCGUCCUCCGCGCUGCCGCCCUGCGCCGCUGACCGCCGGGCUCUCCGCCUGCACGGCCACGACGGCGGCGGCGGCGGCAGUGUCCUGGCACGGGGCGCCUACUCGCCGCGGCCUCCCAGCAUCAGCGAGAACGUGGUGAUGGAGGCCAUGGCCGCGGGGGUGGACGGCGCGGGCCCCGAGGUCAACCUCCUGCUGCCGGACGAUGACCUGGUGCUGCCCGACGACGUGGUGCAGUACAUCAGGACCCAGGCCGCCGGCGCCGCCCUGGAGGAGAGCGCCGCGCCCCUCUAUGCCCCCGAAAGCACCUGCUACUCGGAGAACCCCAAAAUGCCCAGCCCGGGCUUGCAUGGCCAGCGCAGGAUGGUGGCUGCAGACUCCAACAUGGGGCCCUCGGCCCCGGGAAUGGCAGGAGGCUGCCAGCAGCUGGGCUACGGGACCCCCUCCGGCCUGAACAAAAGCAACAUGCCCGUGCAAUGGAAUGAGGUGAGCUCCGGCACCAUGGACACCAUGCCCAGCCAGGCGAAGCCCCCACCCUUUUCGCAGGGCAACCUGGCCGUGGUGCCGCACAAGGCGGCUCUGGGCCAGUACCCAGGCUACGGCGCCCACUCCGGAGCUCUGAACAGCACACAGCCCCACCUGGCGCCCUGUAGCGGCACCCCGACCAGGGGCAAUUAUUUGCAGCCCCUGCGGCAGGCAGGGGCUCCUAAUCAGUGUCCCAACCUGACCUCCACUGUGAGCCCCCACACCACCUAUGGGGGUCAAGCUCACCCCCAGCUGAGCCCCAGUACAGUGGCCGGGGCCUUGAACCAGUUCCCAGCUUCCUGCAGCAAUAUGGCAGGCAAGUCAGGCCCCCUAGGGCUCCCCCAGCAAAUGGAAGUUGCUCCGGAUCCCACCAUGAUGGGCAGCAGCUGUCGGGAACUUGGGGUCCCCAACUCCACGCUGGCUGGGCUACCCCCAACUCACCCAGCCCAGAGCUACCCCCAGCAGAGCCAUCACCUGGCAGGCCCCAUGAACCAGGAGAGUUACCACCCCAGCCCCAGCCUUCUGCCCGCUCAGCAGCCUGGCUUCAUGGAGUCCCACCAGGUCGCCCUAGGGCAGGCUGGACCAGGCUUUGGCUUGGUGCAACCCCGGCCACCCCCAGAGCCCAGCCCAGCUGGCCGACACCGUGGGAUGCGUGCUGGGCAGCAGUUGGCCUAUGCCAGGGCCACUGGCCAUGGCAUGGCAGCUGUGUCAGCAAACCAGGAGUUGGCAGAGUCUGUUCCCAAGGGAACAGUGGGCCCCAUGGCAUCCCUGCCCGCUCAGCUACCCCAGCAGGACACAAGCGGGGCCCAGGACCACAGCAUGCUCUAUUACUAUGGCCAGAUCCAUAUGUAUGAACAGAAUGGGAGCCUGGAGAACCAGGCCGGCUGCCAGGUCAUGCGGCCCCAGCCACCUCAGGCCUGCCCAGACAGUGUCCAGCCCCAGCCCUUGCCUUCACCUGGGGUCAACCAGGUGUCCAGCACUGUCGACUCCCAGCUCCUGGAGGCCCCUCAGAUCGAUUUUGAUGCCAUCAUGGACGAUGGAGACCACUCCAGCUUGCUCUCGGGCGCCCUGAGCCCCAGCCUCGUCCACAGCCUCUCCCAGAACUCGUCCCGUCUCACCACCCCUCGGAACUCCCUGACCCUGCCGUCCAUCCCCACGGGCAUCAGCAACAUGGCCGUCGGGGACAUGAGCUCCAUGCUCACCAGCCUGGCCGAGGAGAGCAAGUUCUUGAAUCUGAUGACUUAAGCCGCCGCCCUGCACACAGUGGACCCU